AAAACAAAAAAAAAACUGUUUAAACGUUUUUUAUGUGAACUCAUGGCAGCAUGGGUUAAAAAGAUUGAGCGUGGAGAGAGAGGGAGCUGAAGUCUUGAGUCCCAGUAGCUCCACUCCUACUCUGCCAGCACACAUCUGCUGCUGAGGAGAUGGGACGCUGAUCCAGAGAGGACUUUAAUGCAUGUGCAGCAUGGCUGACUGCAUGAGUGUGGCGUGAGAGGGAGAGUGGACCAACAUUUCCAAUCGGAGACUCUUUACCUUCUUUUUGGCUGAGCUGGUGCCUGUUCUUUAACCCGGGGUGAUGUCCCAGUGCUGGUGCAGGCAGGUCCUGCUCGGUGUGGAACUGGGCAUGCUGGUGGUGGUCCUGGUGGUCAGCAGCGCAGGGCAGAGCCAAGGCAGGAGGGAGGCCGGCUCGUCCUGCUACGGAGGGUUUGACCUCUACUUUGUUUUGGACAAGUCUGGCAGUGUGCAACAACACUGGAAUGAGAUUUAUUACUUUGUUGACCACCUGGCUCACAAGUUCAUCAGUCCUCAGCUGCGGAUGUCUUUCAUUGUGUUUUCAACAGAAGGAAGGAUUCUCAUGGCACUGACAGAAGACAGAGAGCAGAUCCGGGCCGGGCUGGAGGAGCUCAACAAUGUGCAUCCUGGUGGAGACACCUUCAUGGACAAAGGUUUUCAAAAAGCCAGCGAGCAAAUUUACUACGGGACCGGAGAUGGUUACCGGACAGCCAGUGUUAUCAUCGCCCUGACGGACGGUGAACUGAGGGAAAAUCAGUUUGACCUCGCACAAAGAGAGGCAGGCAGAGCUCGCCAGUUGGGUGCCACUGUGUAUUGUGUCGGGGUUAAAGACUUCAAUGAAACCCAGCUUUCAACGAUAGCUGACAGUAAGGACCAUGUGUUCCCGGUGAACGACGGAUUUGAGGCGCUACACGGAGUCAUCGACUCGAUCCUGAAGAGGUCAUGCAUCGAGAUCUUGGCUGUAGAGCCGUCCAGCAUCUGUGCAGGAGAAUCUUUCGAAGUGGUAGUAAAAGGAAAUGGUUUCCUUCACACCCGAGACGUACAGAAAGUACUCUGCAGCUUCCGCAUCAAUGACACCGUUACUUUGAGUAAGUAUAUGCACUGGAUUCUUUUUUGUUGGAUUUCUUUAUUUGUGACUUUGAAAUGCUUAUUAUAUAACUAAUGAAUGGAGGUCCGAUGGGGAGAUAAAGGCUCGACUGAAGAAGGAGCUAAACUGGAAAAAGCAAAAAAUGCUCGAGUUGUGAUGCCAGAGGAGGAGUACGAACCACCGCGGCCUUACUACCAUGUGCACAAAUCAGUCCGCCCAAAGAAGUGGUACUCUCCAAUAAAGGGCAAACUGGACGCUUUGUAUGUAUUUCUGAGAAAAGGCUAUGACAGAGUGUCUGUGAUGAGACCUCAUCCUGGAGACAAGGGCAAGUGCAUAAACUUCACCCGGAGUAAACCCUACCCUGUUUCUCACUAUCCCAUCUACAACCACCCCUCAACGCCCGUCUACACUUUGCCCCACAGCUACCAGCGUCGUCCGUCAGAGGGCAGCCACACCUUCUUGCCCCCUUCGCCCACUUCAACGCUGCCCCCUCUGCCGUCCACUCCUCCCCCGGACUUCACCACCCUUCCUCCGUACACCCCCCCUCCCAACAGAGCCCUGCCUCCUUCUAACUUGAGCUCAGUCUCUGCACCCCCGUCCCCAACCGGCUCCCUACCGCCCCCUCCUCAGGGUCCCGCCCCGUGCAGAGCGCCUCCUCCCUCACGGCCUCCUCCACGCCCCAAUCAUGAUGAUGAUGAUUAAAAAACGAAAUGUUGAGAAGGAUCGUCUUCUCUGUCAGAGUGACUUUUAAAUGUUGCCUUUUCGAGGCUGCAGCUGAUCAUUGAACAUCAGUUUUCCUCCACAAGCAGCUCAUGCUUGAUGUGCCAAGAACUAUGACUUGAAUUUUUAAGUCUAGAAAGUAAAUAGUGUAGCGGGCACAUCUUUGGCUAUUAAAUGCUAAUGGAGCAUUUCUCCCAAAUAUCAAAUCUGACAAGCAUUGCGAUACGCUCUGGAGUUGUAUAAACGCACAUUUUACUCUUUACUUGAUGCAAAUCUUUGAUCACUGCUUAAUGCUAGUAAUGUGCCGUUCGCGAACGAUCCGAUUCUUUUGAACGGCUCUUUGGUACGAACGAAGGGAACCGAGUCCUACUUGGUGAGAGCCGUUCUUUUUAUCGUUGGUGCACUGCCUGCAAUAAACCCACUCGCCUUUAAAGGAACUUGCUUUCCUGAAUGCCAAUUUUCCGUAGAUGAUGGCAUAACGCAUGCUGCUUGAGUAGUAGUUUGGCUGGCUGAGAGAUGUAGCAAGUUAUACAUUUUCUGUGAGUAAAAGUAGAUUUCUGGCAAUACAGUCAAUCAUUAUCCUGGUGAUUAUUUCUCUUUUGAACGGCUCUCGGAAAGGAACGGAGCCAUAAGAUCUGGCUCCCUUCAAAGAGCCGUUAUUCCCAUCACUACUUAAUGCAGUGGAGAUAAAAAAGAAAGAAGAGUAUUAGCAGCAGGAUGUCCGGUGGCUCAGUAACUGUGUCAUGUGUUUUAAACAUGCAAGUUUGUUUGGCAAGUGCUGUUUUGGAAAAUGUAUAUUUUGUAAAUGAAAAUCCGUUAGAUCACAAUCACAUCACAUGUAUAUCGUUUUAUGAUUUCAAUGGAUUCACAGGAUUUGUUAGGUUUAACCUUUUAUUAGUAUGUUUCAGAUGUUCUGAUGGAUAUAUUGUACUCGUUUUUCAGUGUAUACACAGCAGAAGGUGUCAAUACUCAUACACUUAGAGCAAGUUAACAUUGUUUUUAAAUACAUAAAGAUAAAUGAAUUCACAAGAGAUGUUCUAAAUGUUGAGUUUGUUAGCUUUCAGAAACACAUUUGGGGCACUGUCCACAUUCAUUAAGAGAGAAAGCACUGACUUUUCUUACCUGGUAAAGACUCCCCAGACAGCUGCAUGCAAACAAUAUUUCUGGUCACCACAAGUUACUUUUGGAAAAACUGGAGGAAUUUGCAGAGAAAAGCCCAUCUGGGCUGCUCUGCUUUCCUGGCUGGCACUGCAGGAAAUGAGCAAACAGCUAGAAGGUGGAUGGAUUAACAGUAGGAUGAAUAUCGUAAAAACAAUUAUCUUUAUUUACAAGAGUUUGGCAAAUGUGCUUAGAGCUAGAAGAAUGGAACUUGAUAUACAGAGUUUGAAAUGUUGCAACAAGCCAAGAGUCUUAUUCCAAUCAUAUCUAAAAAAGUACAUCUUGAUAUAUAUUUUCCAUGUGCUUUCCUAAGUUUUGUGCAGUCCUGUGAGCUCAUGGAGGCGUGUCUGAGGCAACUGUCAGAAACAAAAGCAUUCAGAUUUAAGAACAAAAACUAUAAAUACAAAAUAUGAUGCCAUCAAGAUCAGGUAGGAGUAUUUAUAAUAACACUAUAAAACAUCCUUCUGCACACAGUGAAGAGGUGGUUUAUACAAAAACAUUAAAUAAUACCUUCCUAUUUAAGAGCAUAGGUGAGUUAAGACUAGGGUUGCAAAGGGGCGGAAAGUUUCCGGUACAUUUCCGGAAAGUU